UUGGACCUUAAUUUGCACGGACUGUUUUUCUUUCUUCCCCUGUUUUGUUUCGAGCGAGACCUAAACCACUGCCAUACGAACUGUGCAAGAAAAAAGAAAAAUAACGACAACAACGAAACUACCAAAGUCACGCUUACCAUUCAUACCUCAUGUUUCACUUAGUGUUAUCUUGAGUUCACACAGCGUUCAGAUUCAAUAUCAGAAUAGUCGUUUUUUUCAUUUGUCUCCCUAACACAUAAAAUACACAUUUCAUAUCCUUAUUACAUCAAAAUAGCAUUGAAGCUCAAAGCGUACAUAAAGUUAUAACAUUCUAUCAAUCAGAAAGUAGUUAGAACCACAUUGUGGAGAGUUAGCCUAAUGCCUGUAGUUAAAUGUACAUUUACUGUCCUUCGUCAGUUAAAAAAAAAACAAUUUUCUGCUCCUAAAAUCUUUCAGAUUUGGAUGAAUAGUGCAUUAUUGGUUCAUUCAACUAAUCUUUAAUGGUGACCUGUAUUUGUUUGUAGUACAUUAGUUGGAGAGUGGUAAGCAGUGAUAACUCACAAACUUGCUCAGGCUCUGAGAGCUCGGCCCCAGAUCGAUCAAUCGAACUAGGCGUUGACUGACUGAAGGGCAAGACAAGUCACAUAUAACGUGAUACAUUGACCUCGCUGCUAUUUUGUCACUACUUUGCUUAUCUCCCUCAAUUUAUAUACCUCACAUUUGUCUUCUUCUCUCUCUCAGCAUCUCUCUAGCAUUCUCCCAUACAGCACAUGUAGGCACAUCACAUUUAACAAUCUGAAAAUCCCCCGUUUCCUUUUAACCCGGAUGAUAUUCAAACCCUUGUGUUCCUCUUUUCUUCCUCUCAAAACAUGCAACACAGCCCCUCUCAGUGUAUUGAUGGUGUCUGUCAAAGGAGAUAACACUUUAACACAUAAGCCGUAUCACACCAGCCAUACUAUGACCCAACAUUUAGAUCUACCAUCUUACCCUGUUUUAAGACUUCUUUGCAUCAACAACAUCUCGUAUAGUCACUUUCAAACAUAGGCGCGCUCAUACAUUCAGGGAUACAGUGAAGAGCUUAUAUGACACUAGGAUACCAUUUCCCACAUUCAUUUUCAGAAGAAAAUAGCUUAGAAAGCUAUUCAUAUUAGAUUGUUCUACUUUUUUCGUUUAGGUCACAAUGACCAUGUAUCUGUAGUCAUCAGCCCAGGUUAGGUUAGGCUGUAAAGGGACCAUAUCAUAGUGUACAUUUUCUCCACAUAUUCUGCAUUGAACCAAUGAAUCCAGACAUUUUCAUGUCUGUUCUGUGGGCGGAGCCGCGCUGUCCUGCCAGAACCGGGCCCAAGCCCACCUUCGUUCUAUUCUGUUGGGCCGAGUUAAACUCAGAGCAGAGACACUCCCGCAAGGGGAUCAAACGCACAUAGAUCCUUAGCCUCCUUUCGUCCCUCCACCUCCCAUUCACCAGUCCCUCCUUCCCUCUCUCACCUUUUCCUAAUUCACCAACAAACAGAAAUUACUAUCUCUGGCUGCCUUUAUUAAUUUGGUCCAUCACUCGCUGUGUUAUAUCUUAGUUUUCCCUUUCUCACUAAGUUAGGCGUGAAUUGUGUGGUCCCAGUUUGUCUCAACUAUAUAUGCUGCUUGGUACAUUUCUUCAGUACCCAUUUUCACCGGACCUUGUUGACAAGCUUUUGUGAUUGGUCCUUUUCUCAAAGCGCAAACUUUUUUUUUUUUGUGGCUUUUCCAACAACUGCAUUUAAGUCCGAAAUGUAGAAUCCCAAGUCUCUCUGAAUGAUAUUUCCUCAAUUGACCACCCCACCUCUAUUUCCUUUCUCUCAAUAUUCAAAGUUUGUGAACAAAUAGAACAUUCAGUGCAGAAUGACACUAUCAAGUUAAUACUGAUAAUAAACCAAUCUGUUCUAGCACAUGUAUAGACAUGGGGAAUUAGAGGCACCUAAAGCUGCCAACACCAUUGUUUACAAUUCACACAAAGUUUUACAUUAAGGUUUGCGGGUCAAAUGCAGAAAACGGAAGUGCCAAUUCCAAGUGAUAAUAUAAUUAAGCAUAGGUGAAAAGUACUCAAAUAAAGAAAAUGAAGUUUACAUGCAACCCUUAAUGUUUACAGACUACACCUGCCCUUCAAAUAGGAUUCGCUUGCUACCUUAUUCAUAACUUCGUGGGACAGUUCAAAAGCGUCCGACGGGUACGAAAUGUUUACACAUUGAUUUUGUUUACAAGAUAAUAAAGCCUCUCAUAAAAAAAGACAACCCACGCUUGCCAUUUUAGUGAGGUCUGCACAGUAGAGACCACAAACAUUAUCAUUACUCUUACCAUUCCAUUAAAUAACACUUUAUUGACUGAUGUUUACAAUAUAUACAUUUUCCAGCAUCCUCCUCAUCUAUUUUGUUUUUGUGUGCUAAGUUGAAGUUGUCGAGACAAACUUCAAAUUGUCCUUUCACAAGUAUAGCCAUAAUAUAGGCCAGUACAUGCUAAGGUCUAGAACGUAGAAAUAUAGGAAUAUGUAAAACCUCAACGUUUACAUGAGCUGCUUACGAACGAGAAUAGAUUUGUAUUGAUAGCUUGAGAGAGAUGUUUACAUAAAUACAUACAAGUUACACGCCACACGCAUUGCUUGAACAAGCAAAAACAAAAAUCACCUUUAAACAACGUAAAAACACCCACCCUAGUGUGUGUUCUGCACACGGAAGCACUAACAAAGGAUUAGUUCAUCGUAUUCCAAUUGAAACCUUGAUUCUUUUAGACUUACACGCCAGUGAAAUUCAAAGAAGACACUUUCCCUCUUGGAAGAGGACCUCGAUAUUUGAACACCCGGCGGCGGGCCUUUACAAAAUAAAACUUUGGCUCAGAAACGCUGAAACGUUGAAAAAAUGAGGCCAAGAACCUACAGGAUGUUCAGCAACUCCCUCAUAUUUUCCCUUGUGUCCGGCCUCGUCCUUUCCGCCGUCACCGUCACCACAGAGCGCCGCUCAUCCAACGGCGGACCCAGCGGCACCACCCUGUUCCUCCUCACCGGCUUUGGGAACAAACCGAUGCCGCCGCCCCCAGGGGGGGCGAAGGUGGCGCCUAAAGCGGCUGAGAUGGAGGACGCUCACGACGGCGAGCCGAAAGAACCCGAAACGCUCCCCAAGCCCCUCCCCCAGAUCAAGCUUCCUCAGAACAUGACGGCAGCGGACGCCCUCAAGCCCCCUCUGGGUGCUGCCCAGGUGGCUCCGCCCCCCCGGCGCCUGGUGGAUGUGGACGUGUGUCGGGCCUACUACGACGUCAUGGGCCAGUUAGACAGCACUUUCAACUGCUCCAAGGGCACCUACAUCUACUGCUGCGGCACCUGCCACUACCGCUACUGUUGUGAUCACCAGCGUAGCCGCUUGGACCAGGAGUCGUGCAACAACUACAACUCGCCCGGUUGGCUCGACACACCGCAGACGAACCCCCCGCUGUCGGGGAACCGGGGUGACCCAGACUCGGAGCAGCUGCAGCAGCAGAGCAACAGCACGGCGUACGUGAUCGGAGGGGUAAUCUCCGUCACCCUGGUGGUGGCCGUGGGCAUCAAGGUGGCCUUCCACAAGAUGUCCCGACGACCCCGGAACAGAGACAUCAACAUGCCCAGAGCCCUGGUGGACAUCCUACGCAGCCAGGCCAGCCCAGUUCAACAGGGGGAGAGGAACGACAGCAGCGUCCUGACUAACGCCACCGUAGGAGACAGCCUCGGUCGUCCCCCCAAGAGCCUCUACACCCCGGUGCUCCAGAGCAAAGACAACCGCAAGCGCGUGCCCCGCAUGAACAACGCCCAGCUGGCCUCCACGGGGACCCUCCUCACCGGCAAGCACAGCAGCUCCGGCCUGCACCCGCAACCCCCUUUCUCGCACUCCUUCCACAACCUGGCCCAGCUUCCCCCCUCCUACGAGGCGGCCAUGAAACCUGAGAUCAGCCGCUACAGCUCCCUGAAGAGGCUCGAGAAAGAUUUGGAGGACUACUCUGGCUACUACUCAUCGAAGCGACGACCUAACAACGCCCCUCUGUCGUUCCACUCCUCCCAACACCACCUCCACUGGGGCGGUGACUACACUCUCGGAGCCAGGGGUACCCUCCCCCUCCACUCCUCCCGGACACAUAUCCACGUGCCUACAUCCACCCCCAACCCCUACCCUCUGCCAGCCCAGUCGUCGGGGUACCAGGCUGCCUUCGACAAGGCCCCGCGGAGGGUCAUGUCCCAGGACCAGCUCCUAGCGCUUGGCGAGGGCAACACCCUCUCCAGACUCUCCAAGAACCAGCAGCACCAGUACUACAAGGCCAUGACCACCAGCAAGAGCUCCACCUCACAGACGCUUCGCAAGUCCCACGAGAGACUCCUAGUCUCGCCCGACCGUCUGGAGGAGAGGAUGGUGGGCAUGGGCAUGCCAGGGGUAGGCGGUAUGGUGGGUAUGAGCGGGAUGGGGGAAUUUGGGGGGAUGGGGGUCCCGACAAUGGGAUGCCUCAGCCACAAGGCCCAAUCACAGCAGAACAUCUGCGUCACACCCUCGCUGGACCGCCAUCACAUGAUCAAGAUGAACUCCCACCCCACAUCGGGCCACGAGCUGGAGAUGAGUGUGGCGGGCCACCCGGUAGGAAGCUGGGGGGACCCUCAUGGGCACGGACCAGGGGCCGGGGUAGGGCAAGGGAGCGGGGCGGGGACCAUCGGGGGCCACAACGUGCGGAGGAUGGCAUUCGCCACCAAGAGGCAGAACACCAUCGAACAGCUCCAAUAUAUCCCCGGUGGCGGAGGAGGGGGCCAGACAUUGAGGACGGCUAGUAAGAACGAGGUGACCGUGUGAGAGAGUCAAGCCAACAGUGAAGGAGAGAUGAAGGUCGUGUUGAGAAUGUUCAAGCUGAACGUGUUCACACAGAAAGGAAAGAAAGAAGAAGAGAAGGUCAAUUGGGGCAUGAUGGAAAGAUAGAUGAAUAGAAGAAGAAACAAGAGAGGCAAGGGCAAGCUGAUGAGAGAGAGAGAGAGAGAAGGAUAUGACGGGGAUACUACGUCCCAACAAGAAUGAAAGAUGUGAGAGAAGAGUGGAUGCCAUUGUUACCUGUUGCCAGGAAACACAGAAAAGGGCAAUGAUAGAAAGAAACCUUUGAGAAAAUUGAAUUAUUAGAGGGAAUUUUGAAUGAAGCCCAUUGAUUUGAUUCAUGUUAUUGUGAGUCUUGGGAAAGAGAAUAUUCAACCAUAUUGUUGAGGAGGGAGAAAGAAAAAGGGCCAUGUAUAGAGCAAAAAAGGAACAAUUUCAAAGUUUUUCGUGCUAUUGAAACAUUAUCCGAGCACAUGAUGACUUUUACUAGUGGAUUAAAUGGUUAUUGGGUUUCUUGUUGCUCUGACAGAGAGAACAAAACUGUCUUUGAAUCUGAACAGACACUGAGAUGGAAUGCAGAACAAUGUGAUGGUGGUUUAACUUUUGUAAAAAAAAAAAAAAAAUACAAGACUGUAGAUGGUUGUUUUUCGUAAAGGAAUAAAGCCCUGUUAGACAGUAUUCUGGGGGGGUGUAUCACACAGCUAUAGCCUGAUGACUUAAUGAUGACUUAAUGGCUGACAAUGAUUGGACAUUUGAGUUGCCCAGUGUCACUGUCCUAAUUUUUUGAUUGGACGACUUGAAAAUAGACACAUUUGGAGUACUGUUGCUAGCUACCACAAUCUCACACUACAGCCAUAAGUUAGUCUGCAGACAUCUUGUAUAAGGUCAUGUAAGGGUUGAACCUCUUGAUUAUGGCUGGAUUUCUUCAGUUAUUAUUAGCAUGAUUUGACACAAAUAUAACUUUGCUGCAUGACCUUUGCACCCUGAUUGGCUGGCUGGUCGACGUGAUGGCUGUCAUUCCCAUUGAGACUCAAGUCUCAAAUGAGGUCAGUUUCCAAACUGUGGAGCGCUGAUUCCAGUUAUGUUUAUAGUCACACAGAAAUGCUUUGACACUGUUAUUCGAUACACAAUGUCAGUCACGUUUUUAAGGAGUUAAAGACCACCUGAAAGGAAAAAAAUAAAAUAAAAAUUGUUGACCACAUGAGAAUGAAAGCUCAGUGAAGAUGUGUUAAUUUUGAGGGACACUGCCAUGCCUGCCCAUGGGUCUGUCCCUUAAAACAAUCUCCAAAACCAGUCAAGCUCCUGCUCCAUUGAUAAUCCUUUCUGAGCUGUUUACCAGGAUCGUGAGGUAAAACAUUGAUUUGUUAGUAGUUAAUAUACCAAUCACUACUCCGACUUCGCUGAAUUUCACAUGACUGUUUCUGAAACUCAAGCUGUUCACAAUAUUUGGAGGAAUGGAGAGAAAGGGAGAACAGAAGACAAUGGACACAACACCAAGGGCUAUUCUGAAAACUCUUUAUGUGUGUCUGUGGUCUGUACUAUGUUGGCUUUUUCUGUGUCAAUAUUGGAGAAAGUUUGUGCAACACUGCAGAAAUGACUGACACAUUUUGUAAGUGUGAAGAAAACCGAGUCAAUGCUGCAAAGCUACUUUGUGCCCUCGUGAGGUUGACAUUGAGUGUGACAAAAAGCCAUCAUACUAUUGUCUUUUUUUACAUUGCAGGGGUGGGGGUGGACCUAAUGUCGUAUUUUGUACAUUUACAAAAGUUUAUUUUUUUGUGGGUUUGACAGAUUAUAAAAUGGAAGAUGUGGUCAUUUUUGGCCAAUUUUGAAAGGGUUGAACUCUCAACUUUGACUGAAGGGAUAAUGAGACCAUAGUAUUUACAAAAUCUUUGUAUAGUAUUUUGGCUCGCCCCUUUAACUGUGACUGGAUAAAGACAAAAAUGUAUUACUUUCAGCCAGACAAUGUUUUUAAAGCUCUAUAAUAUGUGUUUAUGGUCAUGAUUAUGAUUACUAUAGAUUUACUCGUUGAUUAUUAUUAUCAUCAUCACCAUGAUUAUUAGUUCCCCUAUUAUUAUAAUUUAUUCUCUGUGAAGCUCAAUGUUUCCUGGAUUUUGAAUAUUCAUCUUUCUAGUGGAUUUGAACCUUUUUUUUAUUCUUGAUUUAAAAAUGUAAAAAAGCAGAUGCAAUCAAAGUGAAAAGACAAGCCGCAUGAAGAUGUCAAAGCCAGUGUUUGCGAUGUCAUAGUGCUGACUUAUGAUGUCAUGGCGUGUAUGUGUAAUGUACAUGCGUCUGUAUUUGUGUGCCCUGGUGUGUAUUUUAAUUUCUUUUCAGGAAUGCUGAAUCUCACAUUUGAUCUGACUUGGGAUAUGGCAAGUAAGACAAUUUUGUGUUUCUCAGAGAAUCCACAAACUAUUUCAAACCCAAAGCUAUGAUAUUAUUAUUCAUAUUGGCUUUUUGGAUUCAAAAGCCUAGGAUCAGAAAGGACAUCAAUCAAAGCUGUCCUUGUAAAGUGACAUUCACCAAAGCAAAUGUAACUAAAUCUACUUUUCUCACAUUUCAAGGUGUAGAGCAAAAGCUAUUACAAUUCCAUUGUUUACAUUUUUUUGUGAAAAUUUGUGCAUUUCGUUAUAAGAUUACAUUUGUGUGACCGGAAUCUCACUCUUUUCAAGAACUUUACUAUUUAUUGUAAAGAAUGAGGAUUUUGCUAGAAUAGUUUGGAGAAUGUAUUGUGACUUGCCUUGUUGUCUAACAUGAUUAUGGAUCACCAAUUAUAGGACUAGAAUGGUCCAAUGAUUUUUACAGUAAGAACUUCAGAUUCCAUAAUUGGAAUCUUGUUAAACUUAAACGAAGAGAGGCAAAAUAUAUUUAUGUCACAGGAAGAUUCAGUUAUUUUAAAUGUAUGUUUUUAUUGUACUUUUGGAGGUAUACUGAUGUUGUGAUUAUGUUUUUGUUGAGUACGCCCUCAUUAAUCUGUGUGCCUGUAAAUGUACUGUUGAUUAAUGUGUGUGUGUGUGUGUGUGUGUGUGUGCCUGCAUGCGUGUGUGUGUGGUCUGAGGAAAUGAUUCCAGGUGUGUGUGGGUGGAGGUAAGAGGGAGGUUGUGGUAUAAAAUGGUUGUUUUGGUGUGUGGCUCGUGGGGUGACAUUUAGUGGCGUGAUGUUUUCCAGAUAGAAGGAAGUGGAAGUAAACAUGAGAUAGCUUUAUUGGCCCCUAAUUGUAUUGCGGGACAAUGAGGCAGGGGUGUACUGUAUUACCUCAGAAAAAAUUAAUCUAAUAGAUAAACCCCAUGUCUGUUUCCAAGACUAUUAAGUGAAGAUCUCACAAGCGUGCAACCCUUAUUUUGGUUAUUGGUGAAUUCUCGCAUUUGUAGAAUCAUACUGUUCAAUUGAUAAUAACAAUAAAAAAAUCCCAACAAUUACAACUGUUUUCUUUCACUGGGU